UCUUCCUUUUCCUCUUGAACUGUCAACUGGUGCAUUUGCACGUGUUAACGUUUUUACCAAAAAUCUGAAAAAUGGAUAAGCCAGUUGUUUUAGCUCGAGUAAUUAAGGUUCUAGGACGUACAGGUUCGCAAGGACAAUGUACACAAGUCAAAGUUGAAUUUAUUGGUGAACAAAACCGGCAAAUUAUCAGGAACGUGAAGGGUCCAGUUCGUGAGGGCGACAUCCUAACGCUUCUAGAGUCCGAACGUGAAGCUAGAAGAUUAAGAUAAAUUAUCCAAGGAUUGGAUAACUCACAGAGAAAUUCAAUGUCUUAAUAUCUUCUAGUGUUAAAAAAAUAACUUACAUUUUUUUUAAUAAAUGAUUCCUGAUUCAAUGUA